CCCGCGCCCGCGGCUGCGGGAGGAGCUUUGCGAAGACUGACUCCGGGCAUUCAGACGGCGGCGGCCGUGGGAGGCACCGGCGCGAGUACGAGCCGCUCCUCAGUCCCCGCAGGCGCCACUGCCGGCCCUUCGUUACACCCCGGUCUCCCGCGCUGCCGCCCUCCGUGGCCCUCGAUGCGGGAGCGGGCCGCUGCGUGAUGGGGCUGCAAAGAGGCGUCCUGCGGCUCGCGGCGGCCGCUGCUCGCGCUGAGGAGCGUCGGUGCUCUGCCCCCCGCACCCCCGCGCGCCGUAGCGCCUGCUGACCCGGCCCUCCCGCCCGCCUGCCCGUCGGUCCACAGCGCGGCUGAGGAAACUUGAACAUAAAUUCAAAAGAAGAUUUGAUUCUUUCUUUCUGGACUGCGUAUAUAUAACAAGACCAUCAGUCAGAAUGUCGGGAGCCUCAGUGAAGGUGGCUGUCCGUGUGCGGCCCUUCAAUUCUCGAGAGACCAGCAAAGAGUCCAAGUGCAUCAUUCAGAUGCAGGGCAACUCGACUAGUAUUGUUAACCCAAAGAACCCAAAGGAAGCUCCGAAGUCCUUCAGCUUCGACUACUCCUACUGGUCUCACACCUCGCCUGAAGAUCCCUGUUUUGCAUCUCAAAGCCGUGUGUACAAUGACAUUGGAAAGGAAAUGCUCUUGCACGCCUUUGAGGGAUAUAAUGUCUGUAUUUUUGCCUAUGGGCAGACUGGUGCUGGGAAAUCUUACACAAUGAUGGGUAAACAAGAAGAAGGCCAGGCUGGCAUCAUUCCACAGUUAUGUGAAGAGCUGUUUGAAAAAAUCAACGACAACUGUAAUGAAGAAAUGUCCUACUCUGUAGAGGUGAGCUACAUGGAAAUUUACUGUGAAAGAGUUCGAGAUUUGCUGAAUCCAAAAAACAAGGGUAAUUUACGUGUACGUGAGCACCCACUUCUUGGCCCAUAUGUUGAGGACCUGUCAAAGUUGGCAGUUACUUCCUACACAGACAUUGCUGACCUCAUGGAUGCUGGGAACAAAGCCAGGACAGUGGCAGCUACCAACAUGAAUGAAACAAGUAGCCGUUCCCACGCUGUGUUUACAAUUGUUUUCACCCAGAAGAAACAUGAUACUGAGACCAACCUUUCCACUGAGAAGGUCAGUAAAAUCAGCCUGGUGGAUCUAGCAGGAAGCGAACGAGCUGAUUCAACUGGUGCCAAAGGGACUCGACUAAAGGAAGGAGCAAAUAUUAAUAAGUCUCUUACAACUCUGGGCAAAGUCAUCUCAGCCUUGGCAGAGGUGAGUAAGAAGAAGAAGAAAACUGAUUUUAUUCCCUACAGGGAUUCUGUACUCACUUGGCUCCUUCGAGAAAAUCUAGGUGGCAAUUCUCGGACUGCAAUGGUGGCUGCUCUGAGCCCAGCAGAUAUCAACUAUGAUGAAACCCUGAGCACUCUGAGAUAUGCAGAUCGUGCGAAACAAAUUAAAUGCAAUGCAGUUAUUAAUGAGGACCCCAAUGCCAAGCUUGUCCGUGAAUUAAAGGAGGAGGUGACACGACUGAAGGACCUUCUUCGUGCUCAGGGACUGGGAGACAUCAUUGAUAUUGAUCCAUUGAUCGAUGAUUACUCUGGAAGUGGAGGCAAAUAUCUGAAAGAUUUUCAGAACAAUAAGCAUAGGUACUUGCUAGCCUCUGAGAAUCAACGCCCUGGCAAUUUUUCCACAGCAUCCAUGGGGUCCCUUACUUCAUCUUCAUCUUCCUGCUCACUCAAUAGUCAGGUGGGCUUAACAUCUGUGACCAGCAUUCAGGAGAGGAUUAUGUCUACACCUGGAGGAGAGGAAGCCAUUGAACGUCUAAAGGAAUCAGAGAAGAUCAUCGCUGAGCUGAAUGAAACCUGGGAAGAGAAGCUGCGUAAAACAGAAGCCAUCAGAAUGGAGAGAGAGGCCUUGUUGGCUGAGAUGGGAGUUGCCAUUCGGGAAGAUGGAGGAACUCUGGGGGUUUUCUCACCUAAAAAGACCCCACAUCUUGUUAACCUCAAUGAGGACCCGCUGAUGUCAGAAUGCCUGCUUUAUUACAUCAAAGAUGGAAUUACAAGGGUUGGCCAAGCAGAUGCUGAGCGGCGCCAGGACAUCGUGCUGAGUGGGGCUCACAUUAAAGAAGAGCAUUGUAUCUUCCGGAGUGAGAGAAACAACAGUGGGGAUGUUAUCGUGACUCUAGAGCCCUGCGAACGCUCAGAAACCUACGUAAAUGGCAAGAGGGUGGCCCAGCCUGUGCAGCUGCGCUCAGGAAACCGUAUUAUCAUGGGUAAAAACCACGUGUUUCGUUUUAAUCACCCGGAGCAAGCACGGGCUGAGCGGGAGAAGACGCCUUCUGCCGAGACUCCCUCUGAACCUGUGGACUGGACAUUCGCCCAGAGAGAGCUUCUGGAAAAACAGGGAAUUGAUAUGAAACAGGAGAUGGAGAAACGGUUACAGGAAAUGGAGAUCCUGUACAAAAAGGAGAAGGAAGAAGCAGAUCUUCUCCUGGAGCAGCAGAGACUGGACUAUGAGAGUAAAUUGCAGGCCUUGCAGAAGCAGGUCGAGACUCGAUCCUUGGCUGCAGAAACAACGGAAGAGGAAGAAGAGGAAGAAGAAGUUCCUUGGACACAACACGAAUUUGAGCUGGCCCAGUGGGCCUUCCGAAAGUGGAAGUCUCACCAGUUUACUUCAUUAAGGGACUUACUCUGGGGCAAUGCCGUCUACCUGAAGGAGGCCAAUGCCGUCAGUGUGGAACUGAAGAAGAAGGUGCAGUUUCAGUUUGUGCUGCUGACUGACACGCUGUACUCCCCUUUACCUCCUGAAUUACUUCCCACUGAGAUGGAAAAAACUCACAUAGACAGGCCUUUCCCUCGUACCGUGGUGGCGGUAGAAGUCCAGGAUCUGAAGAACGGAGCAACGCAUUAUUGGUCAUUGGAGAAACUCAAGCAGAGGCUGGAUUUGAUGCGAGAGAUGUAUGACCGGGCGGGGGAGAUGGCCUCCAGUGCGCAAGAGGAGAGCGAGACCACUCUGACUGGCAGCGAUCCGUUUUAUGACCGGUUCCAUUGGUUCAAGCUUGUGGGGAGCUCCCCCAUUUUCCAUGGCUGUGUGAAUGAGCGCCUUGCCGACCGCACACCCUCCCCCACUUUUUCCACGGCCGAUUCCGACAUCACUGAGCUGGCUGACGAGCAGCAAGAUGAGAUGGAGGAUUUUGAUGAUGAGGCAUUCGUGGAUGACACCGGCUCUGACGCAGGGACGGAGGAGGGAUCAGAUCUCUUCAGUGAUGGGCAUGACCCGUUUUACGACCGAUCCCCAUGGUUCAUUUUAGUGGGAAGGGCAUUUGUUUACCUGAGCAAUCUGCUGUAUCCAGUGCCCCUGAUCCACAGGGUGGCCAUUGUCAGUGAGAAGGGUGAAGUGCGCGGGUUUCUGCGUGUGGCCGUACAGGCCAUUGCAGCGGAUGAAGAAGCUCCUGAUUAUGGCUCUGGAAUUCGACAGUCAGGAACAGCUAAAAUAUCUUUUGACAACGAGUAUUUUCAUCAGAGUGACUUUUCUUCAGUUGCAAUGACUCGUUCUGGUCUGUCCUUGGAAGAGCUGAGGAUUGUGGAAGGACAGGGUCAGAGUUCUGAGGUCAUCACUCCUCCAGAAGAAAUCAGUCGAAUGAAUGACUUGGACUUGAAGUCAAGCACUUUGCUAGAUGGGAAGAUGGUAAUGGAAGGGUUUUCUGAAGAGAUUGGCCACCACCUGAAGCUGGGCAGUGCCUUCACUUUCCGUGUGACCGUGUUGCAGGCCAGCGGGAUCCUCCCCGAGUACGCAGACAUCUUCUGUCAGUUCAACUUUUUGCAUCGUCAUGAUGAAGCAUUCUCCACUGAACCCCUCAAAAACAAUGGCAGAGGAAGUCCUCUGGGCUUUUAUCAUGUGCAGAACAUUGCAGUGGAGGUCACGGAAUCAUUUGUGGAAUACAUCAAAACCAAGCCUAUAGUAUUUGAAGUGUUCGGGCAUUAUCAGCAGCACCCAGUUCACCUGCAAGGACAGGACCUUAACAGUCCGCCUCAGCCAUCGCGACGGUUCUUCCCUCCGCCCAUGCCACUCUCCAAGCCAGUUCCAGCCACCAAGUUAAACACCAUGAGCAAAACUAGCCUUGGCCAGAGCAUGAGCAAGUAUGAUCUUCUGGUUUGGUUUGAGAUCAGUGAACUGGAGCCUACAGGAGAGUACAUCCCAGCUGUGGUUGACCAUACAGCAGGCUUGCCCUGCCAGGGGACGUUUUUGCUUCACCAGGGUAUCCAGCGAAGGAUCACAGUGACCAUUAUCCACGAGAAGGGAAGUGAGCUCCACUGGAAAGAUGUUCGUGAACUGGUGGUAGGCCGGAUUAGGAAUAAGGCUGAGGUGGAUGAAGCCGCGGUGGAUGCCAUCCUCUCCCUAAACAUCAUCUCUGCCAAGUAUCUGAAGUCCUCCCACAACUCCAGCAGGACCUUCUACCGUUUUGAGGCCGUGUGGGACAGCUCCCUCCAUAACUCCCUUCUUCUCAACCGAGUAACACCCUAUGGGGAAAAGAUCUACAUGACCUUGUCGGCCUACUUAGAGCUGGAUCAUUGCAUCCAGCCGGCUGUCAUCACCAAGGACGUGUGUAUGGUCUUCUAUUCCCGGGAUGCCAGGAUCUCACCGCCACGCUCUCUGCGCAGCCUCUUUGGCAGCGGCUACUCCAAGUCUCCAGAUGCCAAUCGAGUCACUGGAAUUUAUGAACUCAGUUUAUGCAAAAUGGCAGACACAGGUAGUCCAGGCAUGCAGAGGAGGAGGAGAAAAGUCCUGGACACCUCAGUGGCGUACGUGCGGGGAGAAGAGAACUUAGCAGGCUGGCGGCCCCGCGGAGACAGCCUCAUCCUUGAGCACCAGUGGGAACUGGAGAAGCUGGAGCUCCUACACGAGGUGGAGAAAACCCGCCACUUCCUGCUGCUGCGUGAGAGACUCGAUGACAGCAUCCCCAAGUCCUUGAGCGACUCGCUGUCCCCCAGCCUGAGCAGUGGAACCCUCAGCACCUCCACCAGCAUCUCCUCUCAGAUCUCAACCACCACCUUCGAGAGCGCUGUCACACCCAGUGAGAGCAGUGGGUACGACUCGGCAGACAUCGAGAGCCUGGUGGAUCGGGAGAAAGAACUGGCCACCAAGUGCCUGCAGCUUCUCACCCACACUUUCAACCGAGAAUUCAGCCAGGUGCACAGCAGCAUCAGUGACUGCAAGUUGUCUGACGUCUCUCCAAUUGGACGCGAUCCCUCGGUGUCCAGCUUCAGCAGCGCGACCCUCACGCCCUCCUCCACCUGCCCCUCUCUGGUAGACUCUAGGAGCAACUCUCUGGAUCAGAAGACCCCAGAAGCGGAUUCCCGGGCCUCUAGUCCCUGCCAAGAAUUUGAACAGUUCCAGAUUGUUCCAGCCGUGGAAACACCCUAUUUGGCCCGAGCGGGGAAAAAUGAAUUUCUCAAUCUUGUUCCAGAUAUUGAAGAAAUUAGACCAGGCUCAGUGGUUUCUAAGAAAGGAUACCUGCAUUUCAAGGAGCCAUUUUCUAGCAACUGGGCUAAACAUUUUGUUGUGGUCCGUCGCCCUUAUGUCUUCAUCUAUAACAGUGACAAAGACCCAGUGGAACGUGGCAUCAUUAACUUGUCCACGGCGCAGGUUGAGUACAGCGAGGACCAGCAGGCCAUGGUGAAGACACCGAACACCUUUGCUGUACUCACAAAGCACCGUGGGGUCCUUUUGCAGGCCCUCAAUGACAAAGACAUGAACGACUGGUUAUAUGCCUUUAAUCCACUCCUUGCUGGCACAAUACGGUCGAAACUCGCCCGCAGAUGCCCAAGCAGCCCAAGUACUAAGUGACUCCGCCGAGCGCCCUCACUCGCCUUUCGAGAUAUAAAGAAAGUGUUACCUCUCAUUUCUCUUUGUGAUUCUUGACGGUUACUCUUGUAUGUAAUCCCGUGGCUUAACUACUUUUCCCUCCUUGUCCAGCACUUUUUCUAGCUCCCGUUCCCCAUAUCCAUUGCUCUGUACUCCUUUUCUUUUUUCCUGUGCUGAGAAUCUUGUUAGUAGCAUGUGGCCUAACAAAAGGGGGGGAAAACAAAGCAAAACAAAAAACCCAGGGGGGAAUCCAGUGAAUCUCCAAAUUAUUUUUGGUAUAUUUGGCUUCCUUUUGUAUAAUAGGUCCCCAUGUGACCACCUCUGAUGUCUGUACUGCUGUCUUUGGAUGUCUUUGUCUUUGUUUUUAAGACAACAUGAUACUUUCCUUCUUUUCUGUAUUUGUGACAUCAGUUUAAUUUUUCCUGGGUGGCUUAGAGACAAAAGGAGGAAACAUCUGGCCUUUUUAGAGCCUGAGAGGAAAAAACUUACCUUCCCCUUCCGUUUCCUUUCCCUACCGCCAGUUCCUGCAUUUUUCAUUCAGGGAGAAGGUUGUGGUGAGCUCAGCAAUGGGACAGGUGUAUUCUCUGAAGUUGGGGCUUAUUUAGAGAUGGCCAUGCAGUUUUCAGUUAGUGGGACAGAGGAGGGGAGAGGCCUCGUUAGCAGGCUCACUGAGACAGUGGCUGCUGUUGACCUUGUCAGAAGGGAAGAGCGAAGGUUCCAGAGGGGCGUGGGGGUGGGCGCGGAUGCAGCCAGUCCACGGGGUGCUUGUCGUGGCGCACAGCAGGAUUCCUGUGAACUGCGCUCAUCCUCAUCCGUGGGAGCGAGCCUCUUCUCUGUUUCUCCAUUCCGUCCUUGGCACCAGCGGGGUGCAGCACUGUGGAAUCAGUUCUGUGUCGUACCCAGAUGUCCCACCAGGGGGAGUGUUUCAGUUUCUGAUGAGGAACUCGGCCAUUGUUGUCCUUUUAAUUGUGGUAAUGCUGAGUAAUGACCUUGUGAUUGUUGUAGCUCCCUUCGAUCAAAAAAAUAUAGCUUUCAAGUAUAAAAUCGGAAGUCUCCUCUGAAUCCAGCGGUUAUCUGCAAUAAUCCUUGUCGAACUGAAAAUACUUCCAGUGAUGCCUGGCCCCCUUAUACUCACAAAGAAGCAAACGUGGCAGGCUUUGCUUUCUGGAUCCCAGGAUUAAAACCAUCAGCCUCCCACCACUGGAGUCAAAACGAAAGCACGUCUGGGGGUAGAGAACAGGGCCCACCUGAGCCCUGGCCCCAGCGUUUUGUCACUUGCGUCCCUGGGGCCUCUUGGUGGUUCUCCCUGUCAGGUGUGGAAACGUUGCCAGGGGAGAUGGGAGGAAGCUGAUCGUUUCCCCUGAUGGGACAGGGACAGGGACAGCUGCUUCCACACGCCAUCAUGGAAGAUGCUUCUUUCCUUUCAGCUGCUGCAAGUUUUACAGGAGUGACAUGGAGAGGAAAAGGCCUCCCAGUUACUUGAGUUGCUUUGCCAGUUAGUUGGCGUGGGUCGUUCUUCCCACCCUUCACCUCCCCUGCUUAGACCCGUUUGACCCUCCCUCGGGCAUUCAGGACAGUGUCUGCCUGUUCCCACUCUGCAGACCCGGGGUCCUAAGCCUGAGGUUGCUGGCUCUCGGGUGCUGGCGAACUGGGUGGCUUUGCUUCAGGCAGCGCAGGGCAGGGGCCACGCACUCUGCGGGGCAGUUGCUGGGCCCGUCGCAGAACAGGGCUCCCGGCCGUGGGCGUGAUGAUCGUCUUGGGUGGAGGGGGAAAUGGAGGCAGGGGGAGCUUAAUAAAAGAAAGGAUAGGAAUCAGGGGCAGUGGCCUGAAAAGUGGUCAAUAAAAACUCUAGUAGGUUUUUUAACUUUCUUCUUUAAACAUAGGUCACUAACAGUCAUGUUACUUGUUUUUAAAUGACACUUUAAUGUACUUAGAGGUUUCUGCAUUGUCUAAUAGACACAAUAUACCCUCCGGUGUGUACUCACAUCUACUCACAUCUAGGGUCUGUCCGUGCUUAGAGACAGCUUCUUGGACUGGAGUUAGAUCUGAUUUCAGGGGAAUGAAAUUUGAAGGUUCCUUUCAGAAUUAAAUCACGGAUGCUGCUGCUGUGUCGAAGUGGGGCGGGAGGACCCGCGUCUGUGUGAUAGUAGGUGGGGAAGGCCGAGGGGAGGAGAACCGUGUUACACUGAAAUGGCUUUUGUUUCUCCUUCUGACUCAACACCCUCUGGAAGGCCUUUGCUUUGGAGGUGUCAGCUCUUAGAACAGGCUGUGCUGGCCUGCUUGUAACCUUCCCCGGGUCACACCGCUUCGUGAGAAAGCAGGGCGCUGGGGCGGGUGUGCCUUCUCCCGGCUGAGGGGCCUCCACGGCGGUGGCGGACAGGUGCAGGCAGCCUCUUCGGUGUCCCUCUUUCUCAAAGGGCCUGUCUCCACAUUGGAGUUAGAGCGGUUUCAGAGUUGAUUUGCCCUUUGCAGACAGGUUCAUCCCCACUUUGAAGCUCCGAGAGACGGUUUAUGACCGGAACGAUUUAUGAGGUUUAGCUGAAGCCACAGUGGCAGGGAAGUUUAGGAAUGAACUUAAUGUUUUAAGAAAACCAUCUUUUUGAAGGUUUUUAAAUUUUCUUCCUAAAAUACUUCUUUGAACAAGCAAAAAAUGAAUGCUAGUUAAAAGUAAUCCUCUGUUCUCCUCCUUCCCCAUCCUCCUGUCUCCUGCCAAAGCAAAAUACGGCCUCACAGCCCGCACCAGAUCAGUGCACACACCCUCCGCCUGCCUGCGCCUGCCUGGGGGUCAGCCAGCUCUCAGGCCGGGCUCUGCAGGGCCAGCCAGCCCCGCACACGGCCGGAGUUCAGGAGGCUGCCGCUGCAGCUGGGCGGGCACCUAAAUUGCAGUACAUUAGUAAAGGAAGACGAGGGCAGGGGAAAAUGAUUUUUCCCAACCAGGAAACCACUCUGAUUUUAUCAAUAUAUAUAUAUUUUUUUUUCUCCUUCAGCUCUGUAGAACUUAGAGAGCUACUCAUGUUUUUGAUGGAUUUUUUUCAGCUCUUUAAGAUGCAGGAGAUAAAUCAUUGAAAUCAGUGAAAGGUCUUUUGGGAUCUAAAAAGAAAAAACUGUUUCACCUGGCACAUAUUUCAAAGCAAAGACUUUGUUGCCUGCUGCUUGUUCUCUAAUUUACAGGGAUAUUUAAUUUUGUAAGGUAUUUGUAUAUUUAUACAGCUGUAAUUAAUUGCACAUUGGACUGGAAAAGAAAGGACGACCUGGCGUGCAGCACUGGUUGGUACUCAACGCCCCUCGUGCUGUGUUCCACUCGGGUUCUGCGGGACGGUAUCAGGCCUUGUUUGUCGACUCGAGUCCUUCAUUUUUUCCUUUGGGUUCCCGUUUUAAAAUGUGACUGUCAAUCUGCUUCUCAAAAAGAAUUUGAAUUCUGCUGCUGCUCUCCGAAGGAAUGCUGAGUGUGUUUUCAGUAGGACUCGAAUUCUGCAGUGUCCACCGUUGCCAGCGAUGACUCAGCCGAGCGUGUGGCCAAACCAUUACUGUACGAGGUGGGAAUGUAUUGAUACUGUGUUUCCCUAGAAUUGAAAUAUCAGCCGGGAGAUUGUCUGCUUUUGCUGUUCAAAAGGCCAUUUAUGGAAUUUGUAUUUGAGCCCCAUAAAAUCUUAGGAAAGCCUCUAAUCUGACGGAAGAAAUUAGAGUUGAUACAGAUUUCGUGUUAAAAACUCACAGCCAGAUGGCUGUGCUCAGAUGGGAAGUCUGAGCAGAGGUCGGUCUCUUGCCAAACCCUGGCUGUCCUGUGUUGUUUUCGUGUCUUCGAGGUACUUUUUUCCAAGCUGCACAUUCUGGCACCAGUUCACCUGAGGACUGUCAGCCUCUCACACUGAAGGCGGCGUCCUAGACUCUGUGGCUCUCACGGGCUUGUUGUUGACAUCUCAGGUCUCGUGUGGCCACCCUGUGCACUGCAGCAAAACCCACGGACAUAAGUGGCCUUUUUGAACCAAGACUUCGCAAACUGAUCUCUCCCCAGUGAAGGAGUUGAGCACAUUAGCAACAAUGUACAUUGUUAAUUUCAGGUUUUCAUUUCCAUGUUUUAUUAUGUAAAUAUAAUCUGAUGUUUGGAGCUUGGGUAUACAGAAUGUAAAUAUAGUUCUCGUAUUUGUACUAAUUCUGGUUCUUUUGCUGUAUAGCUUUAGACGUGCAAUGCAGACAUUAUCUAACUGUGUAUGGUAACCUUGCAUCACGGAACUAUUAGUGAACGAGGUCAAAUAAUAAAGGUACAACCAGUGCAUCAGAAG